CAGACUCCUAAUGCCUCAUCUAUUAUGCUGCUUCGAUGAAAUAAAAGAUCCGCUCGGACGACUGCAAGGAAAACGCUGUUGGAUCAAGGGAAAAACGUGCCAGGCCAGGCCCUGAGAUGGGAUUUGAGUCCCCCCGGGGGAGCAAAGAGCAGCGAGAGGACCACGGAACCCCCUGAAGGCGCGGGACCCCCCCAGACACAGAGAGCCCCUCCCCCCCCAUCCCUCCUCGCCAGCAUGUCGACCGUCACCUCGGCAACCCAAGCCCUGCCCCCCGGCGUCAACCCCCCGCCCCCCGAGUUCACCAACACUACCAAGCCCGGCAGGAAGACCAAUCAGCUGCAGUACAUGCAGAACGUGGUGGUGAAGACGCUGUGGAAGCACCAGUUCGCCUGGCCCUUCUAUCAGCCGGUGGACGCAAUCAAACUCAGCCUGCCGGAUUACCAUAAAAUAAUCAAAAAUCCAAUGGACAUGGGAACCAUUAAGAAAAGACUGGAGAAUAACUACUACUGGAGUGCCAGCGAAUGCAUGCAGGACUUCAACACCAUGUUCACCAACUGCUACAUCUACAACAAGCCCACGGACGACAUCGUGCUGAUGGCACAGGCCCUGGAAAAGAUCUUCCUGCAGAAGGUGGCCCAAAUGCCCCAGGAGGAGGUGGAGCUGCUGCCCCCUGCCCCCAAAGGCAAGGGCCGCAAGCCAGCGGGGUCUCCGGGCGCAGGGAGCCAACAGGUGGCAGCAGUGUCCUCCGGCUCCUCCCCCCCACAGGUGUCUCAGACGCCCGUCAUUGCAGCCACUCCCGUGCCAACCAUCACGGCCAACACCGCAGCAGUCCAAGCUCCGCCCCCUGCGGCUCCCAUAAUGCCCGUUGGGCCCCCUGCACAGCCUGUUGUUAAAAAGAAGGGUGUGAAGCGGAAAGCGGACACCACGACGCCCACCACCUCCGCCAUCACAGCCAGCCGCAGCGAGUCGCCGCCCGCCCUCCUGGAGCCCAAGCAGGGCAAGGUGGUGUCGCGGCGGGAGAGCACGGGCCGGCCCAUCAAGCCUCCCAAAAAGGACCUGGAGGACGGGGAGGUGCCCCAGCACGCGGGCAAGAAGGGCAAGCUGACGGAGCACCUGCGCUACUGCGACAGCAUCCUGAAGGAGAUGCUCUCCAAGAAGCACGCCGCCUACGCCUGGCCCUUCUACAAACCCGUGGACGCGGAGGCCCUGGAGCUGCACGACUACCACGACAUCAUCAAACACCCCAUGGACCUCAGCACCGUCAAAAAAAAGAUGGAUGAGCGUGAAUACCAGGACGCGCAGAGCUUCGCGGCCGACGUGCGGUUAAUGUUCUCUAACUGUUACAAGUACAACCCGCCUGACCACGAGGUCGUCGCCAUGGCCAGGAAACUGCAGGACGUGUUUGAGAUGCGCUUCGCUAAGAUGCCAGACGAGCCGGCGGAGGCGGCGGCGCCCCUGGCGGCGGGCGCGGCGGUGAAGAGCCGGGGCAGCAGCGGCAGCAGCGCGGAGAGCUCCAGCUCCGACAGCUCCGACUCGGAGGAGGAGCGCGCCACCCGGCUCGCAGAGCUGCAGGAACAGGUGGGUUCGGAACAGCAAUUCUCUGUGGAGCACCCCAAUGGUAACAGGUCGGGGAAAAAAAACGGGUGUGCCAAACGUUUUCAGCUGAAAGCAGUUCACGAGCAGCUGGCUGCUCUGUCGCAGGCCCCGGUGAGUAAACCCAAGAAGAAGAAGGAGAAGAAAGAGAAGGACAAAGAAAAGAAGAAGAAGGACAGAGAGAAAGACAAGCUGGCCAAGCUCAAGCCGGAGGAGGAGAAGAAGACGCGCGUCCCCGUGCCCGCUAAACAGAAGAAGGGCCCGGCCCGCAAGCCCAACAGCACCGUGACCGGCUCCAGGCAGACGAAGAAGGGGGCGAAGGCGGCGGCGCACGAGUCUGACGGGGAGGACUCGCUGCCCAUGACGUACGACGAGAAGCGGCAGCUGAGCCUGGACAUCAACCGCCUGCCGGGCGAGAAGCUGGGCCGCGUGGUGCACAUCAUCCAAUCACGCGAGCCCUCGCUGCGCGACUCCAACCCCGACGAGAUCGAGAUCGACUUCGAGACGCUCAAGCCCUCCACGCUGCGCGAGCUGGAGCGAUACGUCAAGUCCUGUUUACAGAAGAAGCAGAGGAAACCUUUACAGGGCACAGGGAAAAAGAGCGCCAGGUCUAAGGAAGAGCUCGCUCAGGAAAAGAAGAAAGAGUUAGAAAAGAGGCUGCAGGACGUGAGCGGACACCUCAACAACAACAAGAACCAAAAGCCCAAACAAGCAGAGAAGGCGGGGUCGGGCCAGGCCGGGGGGCCGUCUCGCCUCAGCGGAAGCAGCUCUUCCUCCGACACGGGCAGCAGCAGCUCCAGCGGCUCCAGUUCGGACAGCAGCGACUCGGACUGAUCCCAAAACAGUCCGAGAAUGACUUAAGACUGGUCCCAGAGCAACUCGGCGGUGACUCGGACUGAUCCCAGAACAGCCCAAAACCCCACACCCUCCCACUUGGACUUCUUCUCCCGCAAAUGGCCCAAGCUGCAACGUGGACUGAUCCCAGAACAGCCCAGUGUGUUCAGAACUAAUCCUUUUUUUCUUUUUUUUCUUGUUUUGUUUCCGUUUUUACAUCGUAUGCGGUUGUUUCACUCUCUUAAGACUUACAUUUUAUAAGACAUUACAGUAAAAACCUACCACCAUGGCAGAGAAUAUUUAAAAGGUGUUUUUUAUAUAUAUUAAUAUCUUUGGGGAUAAAGAAAAAUUAUUGUUGGAGAAUAUAAGGACACCAAAUCCAGAAUUUCUUUUUAAAUUUAAGUUCAAUUUUAAUUGAAAAAGAAUCUUGUUUUUUUUUUUAGGUCCUGGAAGAUUCAUUCAUUUUUUAAAUGUGUAAUUGGUACUCUGACUUUUUAAAAGAAAUCCAGCAAAUCUUCAAUUGUUAUUGGGUGGAGGGCAUGGGGCUGUGACCUCAUCACGAGGCCCCGCCUCCAGGACAGAAGGUUCACCAAUCAGUGAAGUCAUUUCUACAGUGGCUCGUCAAUGAUGGCUUCUGCUCUGACCUCAACCCAAUCCACAUUCCAUAAACAUCUGCCCUUGUGCAUAUUUGCAUAUAAAUAUAAUCUUUUUAAUUUAUUUAUUGAGAUUAAACAUGGUUUAAUCCGCAUGGGACAACAGGAAUGCCUUCCGCUUCUAACCAACACCUUUACAGAGAUUAUGAAAAUUGGCGGAACGUUUCCACCCCCCCUCAUACCCGUGGGUCUUUCCCUGGUCUGUUUAAGGAGCAAGCGUGUGGAGUUUUUGUACCUGCGCACCUUUGAUAAAGUCCAGAGAUAAAUGCCAACACGCUCUGGUUUUGGGGGAAUUGACUUGCUUUAUAUUUUGGUUUAGUGCCUUUUCAGUUUCAGCAUAAUAACAUUGAGUGUUUCCCCUGUUGAGGUUUGACAGUCUCCUGCUGUAGUUCUCGGUGUUCCUUCCUGUUUAGCCAGCCAAUCGGAGUGGAGUAGGCCAGGGCAAUAACGUGCUUUGAGCGUAUCACCUGCAGAGCCUCUGUCGUUAAAGUAUUGAGGCUGUACUGAUGUAGUGAAUUAGGUUCAGUUGUGGCAUUCAUGAUUUUCAAGAAUGUCUUGCAGUUUUGUAUGUAGCCCACCCAUCUGUCGGCCCUUACGUUUUAGUUUUUUUUGUUACAGGCUCUCUGCUAUUUUCAUCAUGCAAAACAGCAGCAUGUCUUUCAAACAGACAUUAGUAGCACAGGGAUAGGAGAAAAAAAAAAGUGACAGUACUAUUCUUACCUUUGUACAAAUGAGGUGUGCAGUGCUCUUUAAAUCUGGGUACUACUGUUACAACAGUUGGGAUGUGAACUUGACCUUGUUUUGUUAGUUUUGUUACAACAGUGCAGUAUUUGUGUAUUUUAACCAUGGACUAAAACCAACUUUGUUUUCAGCCAAAAAAAAAAAAAAAAAGGAAAAAAAGUGGGGGGGGAAAUCUAGUCGAAUACUCAGAUUUUAGGCCUCAAUAUUUAAACUAUUUAAACCACCUUGUUAUGAAAUAGUUGCUUUUUGUAGUUUUAGUGUGUUAUACUCCCAUCUUGUUAAAAGUGGUAUUUUGACACGUCUGUUACCAUUACAGGGGUGUCCGGGGCGGGACUGGGAGAUUUUUCUGUGUUUGUCAGAUUCCAUAAAUUUUGGUAUUCCUGGCCCUCUGUUUAGCCUACGCUGAUACCAACACUCUCCUGUUAUUUGUGAAAAUGUGCUGAAGAGGGAAAUGCCAAUACCAUAGCAAAUAGAAAACGAUGUCAAUAACUUUCUCUAUACAAAUGUGUGUUUUCUGUUUCACUGGUACAUCUUUGAAAACACUGUACCCUGAUUUUUUUUCGAGUUCUUCCGAAUAGACAGUGGAAAGCAUUCA